AUGUUUGAGAAUAUGAGCGAAGAGGAGAUUACGGAUUACAUCAUCCAAAUGAGCAUUGAGGAAUCCUGUCAAGAUGUGUUGAUGAUACGCAGAGAUAGUUUAGAGACAGCCAGUGAUGAGAAUCUGAAAUUGCUGGCAGCCAUCGACACAGGUGAUGCAAGAGUUAUUCAGGAGCUGCACAGUUGCCCAGGAGCCUUUAAGGAGGUGGACAGCAGAGGAUGGCUGCCACUCCACAGGGCUGCAGUUCAGCCUAUGUUGAACAUCUUGGAGAAUGUCCUGUGUGCCUCCAGUGAGAUCAGUCUUGAAGAAAAGACAGGAGAAGGGGAGACACCUCUGACUUUGGCUGUUCAGGCUGGAUUGGAGGAGAAUGUUAGGAGCCUGCUGGAACAUGGAGCACUUCCUCACAACCCAAACAGCCAGAGGGCUUCUCCUCUUCUUUUGGCUGUCAGGGCAGGCUCAUACCAAAUGGCAUAUUCUAUCAUUGUUCACGGAGCCGUGGUGGAUCAGACCUGUGCAAAGAAUUGGACGGCCAUGCACGAGGCUGCCAAACUGGGCCGCAAAGAGAUCAUGUUGCUCCUACUCAGGCGAGGAGGCUCCGUUGGUGUGAGAGACAACCGUGGUGUAACUCCACUGGCUGUUGCUGCUGAGUGGGGCCACGAAGAGAUUCUCGAAAUCCUCAUUCGAUGUGGUGCUGACGUGAACGCACAAGCCAGAAAUGGAGAGAGUGUUUUGAUGGAUGCGGCUGGUUCUGGAAACCCAGACUGUGUUGGUCUUUUACUGGAAAAUGGAGCCACACCAAAUCAAGCCAGUUUGAGUGGACAUCUUCCAAUUCACCGAGCAGCUUAUGAGGGCCACUAUCUUGUGCUGAAAAUGCUGAUUCCCCUCACCAGUAAAAAAGCCCUUAGACUCUCUGGCCAGAGUCCUGUGCACUCUGCAGCAGACGGCGGUCAUGCCCAAUGCCUGGAGCUUCUCAUUGAGAGCGACUUUGAUGUGAACUACGCGCUGAAUCAAAACAUCUCGGAACAAUACAGUGACAUGAGGAGGACUGCCCUGUACUUUGCUGUUUCCAAUGGAGAUGUCACAUGUACAGAAAUACUGUUGAAUGCAGGAGCUGAAACUGAGCUGGAUCCCCUGCGCUGUCUCCUGGUGGCUGUGAGAGCUGGGAGGUAUGAGAUAGUGAAGCUGCUCCUUGCCAAGCAGGCAGAUGUGAACUGUUACUUCACGGUGGUCAGUGAUACAUUGUUCCCCACGGCACUGCAGUACUGUCUAAGAGAUGAGAUGAUGAUGCGUUUGCUGCUGAAUGGUGGCUAUGCUGCUGAGAAAUGCUUCCACUGUGACCAUGACUACCACUUUGACAUAGCCAGUCACCGGUGGGAGAUAUAUAAGCUGUGCUGUGUGAGCUGUUCAGAUGGAGAUAAAAUCCCGUUCUGUGAUUUCAUGAGUCUGAGCUGCCUUGUGCCUCUGUCUGGAAAAGUGGUCAGAAUUCUUCUGGAUUAUGUCAGCCACGUUCCCUUCUGUUCACGUCUUAAAAGGAUUCUGGAGAAGCAGGAGGAUUGGCCUGAAAUAUGCAGGAUUAUGGGAAACCCACGUUCUCUGAAGCACCUCUGCAGACUGGUGAUUCGGAAACACAUGACACUAAAAAGACUAAAUGACUCUAACAUGAAGGAUUACUUCCCUCCAAGGCUGCAGAAAUACCUUCUGUACAAAGAAUACGACCUGUAUGACUCAGACGCAGACCUGCUUCAUCAACUGGCCAUUGUAUGA